AUGUCGCCCGCUGUUGAAGAAGCUCAGGCACAAUGGCUUGAACAGCUUCAUGCCAUGCGCAAGGCUAUUGCCGAGCUGGGUCUAUCGGCUGAUGCUGAAGAGACACCUGCAUAUGGCCAUGACAUUGAUUUCGACGACGACGACGAUUUCUCCGGAACUGCCAGUGGCGAGGAUAUCUGGGAUAUCAUUAGUGAUGAAUACGAAGAGGGUUACAGCAGCGACCAUUUGGACGAAUUUACGCAGGUGUCCGCCGCAAGCAACGCUUACGAUGAGCAAUGGCUAGCAGCAAAAUGCUCUCAAGUGGCUCGUAGUAGUUCUGGCCUGGACGCAGGAGCGCUCAAGGAACAAAUAGUUGCUAUCUUGUCCAGCGACAGCAAUGACGAAGAAUUACAAAUGAUGCUCGCAGACAUUGUUGGUUAUGGGGAGUUGGACCUCGUGGCUGACCUCAUUUCUCACAGACAAAAUCUUUUGCGGUCGCUGCGUGAACCAGCUGCUGCUCAAGGAAAUGGUGUCAUGGGCCGCUUGCAGACUCGUGCCGAGCGAGAGGAAGCAUUACGACGUGCAGAUUGGGAGCACAAGAAUGCUUCGUUGGCACCAGCCAUGGAUCGUACCGGACCUCAGUACCCUCAUGUAUACAAGGCUCAUGAUGCUGGGAAUAAGCUGUCGGCUUAUGGCAAGAAGUAUGCCCUGCCUCCAGACACGGUGCAUCAUGACAAUAAUCUGUACGAGGAGUAUGAGAUCCCAGCCGUACCGGUAGGUACAAUCGGCGCAGGACGCAAGCUUAUCGAGAUUCAAGAGCUGGACGGUCUUUGCCGACGCACCUUCAAAGGCUACAAGACCCUCAAUCGGAUGCAGAGCUUAGUAUACCCUGUUGCAUACAAGACCAGCGAAAAUAUGCUCAUAUGCGCGCCCACUGGUGCCGGUAAAACCGAUGCAGCCAUGCUUACUAUUCUCAACACUGUGGCGAAGAACGUCGUUCCAAACCCUAUUGAUGAGCCUGGGGCUACUGACUUCAGUGUCAGGGCGGAGGACUUCAAGAUUAUUUAUGUAGCACCCAUGAAGGCACUCGCUGCAGAGGUGACUGAAAAGCUCGGGAAGCGCCUUGCAUGGUUGGGUAUAAAAGCGCGAGAACUCACAGGUGAUAUGCACCUCACCAAAGCUGAGAUCCUCGAUACUCAAAUCAUCGUCACUACUCCCGAAAAGUGGGACGUUGUCACGAGGAAGAGCACUGGUGACACCGAGUUGGUUCAAAAGGUCCGACUCCUUAUUAUAGACGAAGUUCAUAUGCUCCACGAUGAGCGCGGUGCUGUUCUCGAAAGCUUAGUAGCGCGCACUCAACGACAAGUCGAAAGUACACAGUCGCUCAUUCGAAUUGUUGGCCUCUCGGCUACGCUGCCCAACUACGUCGAUGUGGCCGAUUUCCUGCACGUCAACAAGAUGGCUGGACUGUUCUACUUCGACGCAUCAUUCCGUCCAGUACCAUUGGAACAGCAUUUCAUCGGCGCCAAGGGCAAGCCCGGUACUGCCAAAUCACGGGAGAAUCUGGAGAAAGUUGCAUUUGACAAGGUUGUUGAAAUGCUUAAGCUCGGUCAUCAAAUCAUGGUUUUUGUGCACUCAAGAAAGGAUACCGUAAAGACAGCCAGGAGAUUGUAUGAAAUGGCCAUGGAAGAGCAAUGCACCGAUCUCUUUGACCCACAAGAUCAUCCGCGAUACGAGAACGCUGUGCGGGACAUGAAACAAUCAAAGGGUAGAGAGUUGAGGGAGUUGCUUGGCAAAGGAAUGGGUACUCACCAUGCUGGUAUGCCUCGUUCUGACAGAAACUUGAUCGAACGUCUCUUCGCAGAAGGUGUUCUCAAGAUUCUCUGCUGUACCGCCACACUUGCUUGGGGUGUCAACUUGCCUGCUGCAGCAGUGCUCAUCAAAGGAACCCAGGUCUACAAUGCCCAAGAGGGUAAGUUCACGGAUCUCGGUAUCCUUGAUGUUUUGCAGAUCUUCGGUCGUGCUGGUCGACCUCAGUUUCAAGACAGUGGUAUCGGUUUCAUCUGUACCACACACGAUAGACUCGACCAUUACAUGCGCGCCGUAACCGAGCAACAGCCAAUUGAGUCGAGGUUCUCUAGUAGACUCAUCGAUAACCUCAAUGCUGAGAUAUCCUUGGGCACGGUCACAACUGUCUCUGAAGCUGUUACUUGGCUUGGGUAUUCGUAUCUAUUUGUGCGCAUGCAAAAAAGCCCGCUCACGUACGGAAUUGAGUGGUCAGAAAUACGCGAUGAUCCACAGCUGGUUGGAAGAAGGCGCAAGCUCAUCAUCGACGCAGCGCGCACUUUGCAGAGAAGCCAGAUGAUCAUUUUCAACGAGACUACUGAAGACUUACGGGCCAAAGAUGUUGGCCGCAUCGCGAGUCAGUAUUAUGUCCAACAAUCAAGUAUCGAGAUUUUCAACGCGAUGAUGCGACCUCGUAGUACGGAUGCCGAUGCGCUCGCCAUGGUUAGUAUGAGUGGCGAGUUCGAUCAGGUGCAAUCACGAGAAAGCGAGGAGAAAGAACUGUCGGAACUCAAGAAAAAGGAAUACGUGAUAACUGAAGUCAAAGACGGCUAUGCGACAUCACACGGUAAAACAAACUACCUACUCCAAGCACACAUUUCCAGAGCGCGCUUGGAAGAUUUCACUCUCGUAUCGGACACUAACUACAUCACACAAAAUGCCGCGCGUAUUGCACGUGCAUUGUUUAUGAUAGCGCUUAAUAGGCGUUGGGGUUAUCAAUGCUUAGUACUUCUGAGUCUUUGUCAAUCCAUUGAGCACCGAUGUUGGUCCUUCCAACAUCCUCUCCACCAAUACGACCUUCCACAGCCGGUUCUGCGGGCCCUGGAUCACAAAAAUCCUUCGAUUCAAAUGCUGAGGGAUAUGGAUCCAACCGAGAUUGGAGACAUGGUGCACAACAAGAAGAUGGGAAAUGUGAUCUCAAAAUUGAUGCAGAAUUUCCCCACGCUAAGCAUUGAGUCGGAGAUUGCCCCGUUGAACAGGGACGUACUUCGAAUACGAUUGUUUCUCACACCCGACUUCGUGUGGAAUGAUCGUCAUCAUGGCACUUCGGAAUCGUUCUGGAUCUGGGUUGAGAAUUCUGAAACAUCUGAGAUAUUCCAUCACGAGUUCUUCAUUCUAUCAAGGAAGAAGUUGUACGACGACCAUGAACUAGACUUCACGAUUCCACUUUCCGAUCCGCUCCCGACGCAAGUCUAUGUCCGCGCUGUGUCUGAUCGCUGGUUGGGAGCGGAAACUGUGCACCCCAUAUCCUUCCAACAUCUGAUCCGGCCCGACACCGAGAGCGUCUACACAGACCUCUUGAACCUUCAGCCUCUGCCAAUAGCGGCGUUGAAAAAUCCUUUAUUGGAAGAGGUCUAUGCACAGCGCUUCCAGUACUUCAAUCCUAUGCAAUCACAAAUCUUUCAUUGUCUCUACCAUACGUCUGCAAACGUCUUACUUGGAUCGCCUACUGGCAGUGGCAAGACUGUUGCUGCUGAGCUGGCAAUGUGGUGGGCAUUCCGUGAGAAGCCAGGCUCAAAGGUCGUUUACAUCGCUCCAAUGAAAGCGCUUGUUCGAGAGCGAGUACAGGAUUGGGGGAAGCGCCUCGCAGGGCCAAUGGGCCUGAAGCUCGUCGAGUUGACAGGUGACAACACGCCAGAUACACGCACUAUUCGAGAUGCUGAUAUCAUCAUUACAACCCCCGAGAAAUGGGACGGAAUCAGUCGUAGCUGGCAGACCCGUGGUUAUGUUCGUCAAGUGAGCCUGGUCAUUAUUGAUGAGAUCCACUUAUUGGGCGGUGACCGUGGUCCGAUUCUAGAGAUCAUUGUGUCGCGCAUGAACUACAUCGCUUCACAAAAGAAAGACGGUUCCAUUCGCCUGCUUGGUAUGUCAACUGCAUGCGCAAACGCAUCAGAUCUCGGCAACUGGCUUGGUGUCAAGGAGGGCCUUUUCAAUUUCCGGCACUCUGUGCGUCCAGUUCCCUUGGAAAUCUUCAUCGAUGGCUUCCCAGAGCAGCGAGGGUUCUGCCCACUCAUGCAAUCCAUGAAUCGACCUACGUUCCUUGCUAUCAAGGCCCAUUCCCCAGAGAAACCAGUCAUUGUCUUUGUAGCGUCUCGAAGACAAACUCGUUUGACGGCUCGCGACUUGAUAAACUUCUGCGGAAUGGAGGAUAACCCGCGUCGCUUCCUGCGCAUGUCAGAAGAAGAUUUGGCGCUCAAUUUGGACCGCGUUCAUGAUGAUUCAUUACGUGAGGCAUUAAGCUUUGGUAUUGGUUUGCAUCAUGCUGGUCUUGUCGAGUCGGACCGCUCCUUGUCAGAAGAGCUUUUUGCAAACAACAAGAUCCAAAUCCUGGUUGCUACUAGUACCCUUGCUUGGGGUGUCAAUCUCCCCGCUCAUCUCGUUGUCGUCAAAGGCACUCAAUUUUUCGACGCAAAGACCGAAGGAUACAAGGACAUGGACUUGACAGACGUCUUACAAAUGCUGGGUCGCGCUGGACGCCCGCAGUUUGACGACUCCGGUAUCGCGCGGAUUUUCACACAGGACGCCAAAAAGGAAUUCUACAAGCACUUCCUACAUACUGGCUUUCCCGUCGAGUCAUCAUUACAUAAGGUCUUGGACAACCAUCUGGGCGCCGAAAUCUCCGCCGGGACUAUCACCACAAAGCAAGACGCGUUGGACUAUCUGACAUGGACCUUCUUCUUCCGUCGCCUGCAUAAGAACCCUUCGUUCUACGGUCUCGAGAUCUCAGCAGAAGAGCAUAACACGAUAGCUGCGCAAUCAAUGGCCAACGAUUACAUGGUUGAGCUGGUAGAGACAUCCCUACGAGAGUUAGACGAGUCGUCUUGUGCCGUCGUUGAGUCAACGGGCGAAGUAGACCCCACCCCUCUUGGAAAGAUUAUGAGUUACUAUUACCUCAGUCAUAAAACAAUCCGCUACCUCGUGCAAAACGUCAAGCGCGAUGCCACCUUUGCAGAAGCUUUGGCUUGGAUUUCGCAUGCUACCGAAUACGACGAACUCCCUGUUCGGCACAACGAGGAUCUUAUAAACAUGGAGCUUUCAAAAGCGCUACCAAUUUCUGCUGAUGACUUUGGUCUCCCGAUGUGGGACCCGCAUGUCAAAGCUUUCUUGCUCUUGCAGGCUCACUUCUCGCGCAUUGACUUGCCAAUCUCAGAUUAUGUGGGCGAUCAAAACAGCGUGCUGGAUCAGAGUAUCCGUAUCGUUCAAGCCACGAUUGAUGUUCUUACCGAACUUGGCUAUCGAUCUUCAUGCGAGACCGUCAUUUCCAUUCUGCAAGCCAUCAAGUCAGCGCGUUGGCCUAAUGAUGGCCCAUUGUCCGUCUUUCCAGGCGUCGAUGUUGAGAAAGAAAAAACUCGCCUCGAACAUCCAAAAGCCAAACCAAAGACCCUGAUAGAAGUUACAUCUACUGCUGCAGUCGAUCUUGAACGCGCCGGGAAGUUUGCUGGCGUCUCGCACGGUGGUCUGAAACGUUUCAUGGAACCUGUAUCUCGGCUACCCGUCCUAAAGCUUGACUUGGGAAAUGUCAAUGCCAUUACUCUUGAGUUCAAGGUCAGACGCCAAAACUCGGCGAGAAUGCAACAGGGCGGCGUGCGAAUAUUUGCACCGCGUUAUCCUAAGCCCCAAACCGAAGGGUUCUUUGCCAUCAUCUCGUAUUCAAGUACUGACGAAAUUGUUGCGCUCAAGCGGGUCAACUGGCCCGACCCAGGCAAGAAUGGCGGAAACAAUCGGGGGGGAGCUGGCAAACAGCCGAUGGGAAGUGCCGCACGCUCUCUUUUGCAAGCAUCAAUCAAAGUUUCACUGCCACCCGAUGCACAAGGCAAGAGAUUGGAUAUCUCGGUGCACAGUGAUUCUUAUCCUGGGAUGAGAUGGGGUAUUGAGGGAGUGGAGAUUCCCGAGGCCCCAUCAGUAGAUGCAUAUGGCAAAGGCAAAGAGAAGGCGUAG